AUCACCUCCGUCGCCUGACAUUCUCUACUACCUAGAACCUUCUCUAGGUAGCUCCGGUGUCUGUCAUUGCCUCUAUAUACCUCCUACACACUUCAUCGGCCCGGUCACACCGAAUCAUGGCCUAGCCAAAAGUCCCCAUUACAUUCACAAUCCGUUUCUUUUGCCUGGAAUACAACCAUCUGAUUUGCGCUCCUCCUAAUUGACACCUAUACCACAUCCUCGCACCUCCGCUCUCCCAUACCCUGGGACACACAUCACCCACGCCCUCCGCCUUUUCGGAAUACCAAUCUGCGCACUUCAGUAUCAGAAGUAGCAAUAUGGCAUCUGAGGUCGCCGCCAAUGGCAGCGCUUCUUCCCCAGAGGCGUUGACUCCGGCCCAGCUGCUGGCAGAAAAGCACGCCGCUGACGAAUCCCAUCGUCCUACGGUUGAGGAAGUUAUCGACGAGGAGGAUAUUGUACACCCGCCUCCCUCGCUCAAGUCGCAAGUUGAUGGCUCAUCGGAGACGCCGCCGGUGCUGUCGGAGAAGGCCGCGGGAAAGCAGAAGGCUAAGGACCCUGAAAAGAAGCCCGCCGCGAAUGUGCCAUUGAACACCCAGUCUGAGGAAUUGUUCCCGGCUUUGGGGCCUGCGAAGCCGCGAGGCGCGCCUGUUCCCUCUGCCUGGGGCAAGAAGCCUGCGUCAAUUACUACCAAUGGAGUCAAUGGCUCUGCUAAUGGACCGACAUCCAGCAAUGCAUCUUCCCGCGCAUCGACACCGGCAGCUGGAACUCUUGGGUUCGCACCGUCCACAGCUGCCGCCCACCGGGUCAACCUCCCGGGUAUGUCGCUUCCUGGAAAACACGCUGAGAGCAUCACCUUUGCUCCUUCGCAGCUGCUUCCCCGCAACCAGUUGAAGAAGCCCGUGAACGAGAUUCUCCGCGACAUCAACCGCAAGUCCAAGGCCAGGGUUGAAUACAAGCAGGGAAAUGGUGGACACAUCAUCUUUGAAGGUACUGGGCCAGUUGAAGCUGUGCGCAACGCCCUCAAGGAUGUCGCGAACGAACUGGGUUCCAAACAAUCUGUCACUGUUCCGGUCCCUGCAUCCGUACGAGCCCACAUAAUCGGUCGUCAAGGUUCAAAGAUUCAAGAGAUCAGCAAGCGAACUGGUGCGAAGAUCCAGGUCCCCAAACAAGAAGACUCGCCGGCCUUCGCAGACGACGAUGAUAGCGCAACUAUAGAUGUCUUGAUCGAGGGCAAUGCUGUUACGGCAGAGAUGGCACGCCAGGAGAUCGAGACUAUCGUCAACGAGCGAACCUCAACUGUGAACUUGCGCUUGAAGGACAUUCCUGCCGAAUACUAUCCCUUCCUUGCAGGUCCGCACAACAAUCUCAUAAGUUCUUUGGAAGAUGGAAAGGACAUCCGUGUGCAAAUACCUCAUUACCACACUUGGAAUACCCAGCCACCUCCCCAAGGGGCUAGCGGGCAACCUGCAUUCGUAGCACAGCCGGGCCUACCAAUACAAAUAUCGGGAGAGCGGAAUGCGGCGCGAGAGAUACAAGCCCUGCUAGAGCAACAAGUACAACAGCUACGUCGUGACUUGGCCAUCUCGGAGACUCCGGUAGAGCGAGGCCGCCACCAAUUUAUUGUUGGCGACAAGGGCGGGUCACUACAUGACUUCUUGGAAGCAACCGGCUGCACAGUCAUCUUGCCCCCGAACAGCGAGGACAGCGAGGCAAUCUACAUUGUUGGACCUCCAGAUAAGAUUGAGAAUGGUGUUAGCAAGCUUCAGGAGCUUGCAUCCAGCAUGCAAAUGGCCAGAGCCGAUAUUGCGAGACAGCAUGGCAAUGCGCAAGCCCACGCGCGCAAUGUGACGAGGUAUCUUAAGCAACGUCAAGCUAUCGAAGAGUUGGAGCGUCAACACGAAGCUAGCAUUAUCCUGCCAUCGACUGAGGGUUCGACCGCUUGGGAAAUCUUUGCUCGGGACGGUAAAAACAUGUUGAAGGCUCGCAACGAUAUCAUGAGCCUAAUCAGCAGUCAUCCACCGUCCAGGAUUAGCAACAUGACCGUCGACCCGUUCUACCACCAGUUCCUGCAACAACGAAAUGCGCAGCAAAUCCGCGACGACAAGGGCGUUCAGAUAGUCUUCCCCGAUGAGGCAGAAGACUCAUCAGAUUUGAUACUUGUCUUCGAGGGUCUAGAGCCUUCCGCUGACUACGUUUUACCGAGGGGAGCUCCAUCAGCUGCAGACGUCAAGGCUUACCAGAGCGCACUCCAGGAGGCCCAACAGCUCAUCGAGUCUUUGACCAGCUCUCAAGAAGAAAUCGUUUCCCGCGACGUCGAAGCACCUUCCAAGUUCCACGAUAAGGUCCGACGCUUUGUCGACAAACAACAACAGGGUCUACCUAGUGAUGAGAUACCAGUCCAAGUUCUCUUUGGUCAGCGGAGACCCCAGGAGGCCCGUGAACGAUCCAACAACGGAAUCUCAAUGCGCGGACCGAACAACGCUGUGGACGAUCUAUUUGCUCAAGUUCUUGCCUUCAUUGAGCAAGAAGAAAAGGACGAACUCGAACGCGGCUACACUACGACCUUCGAUUUCCCUCAGAAAUACGCGAACUUCCUCAUCGGCAAGCGUGGCGAGAACAUCCGUAAGCUGAAGGAGGAGUUUGAUGUCGACAUCCAGGUCAAUGAUGGAAAGGUUGAACUCAAAGGACCGCAGGCGAAGGCUCAUGCUGCGAAAGCCCAUAUCCUCGCACUUGGCAAGAGGCUUGAGGAUGAGACAACUCAUACGCUGAAGAUCAAACCGCAGUACCACCGUGAUCUGAUCGGCCCUAAGGGAGCUCAAAUUCAUCGACUUCAAGACCGGUACAACGUCCGGAUCAACUUCCCCCGGCACAACGCACACGACGAUGAUGCCGCAACUGAGGGUGCGACUUCGCAAAAGAAUUACCGUACCCAACCACCUGACGAAGUCACCAUCCGGGGUCCUACGAGAGGUGCUGACGGAGCUCGUACCGAGCUCCUCGACCUUCUUCAGUUUUUCAUCGAUCGCGGAUACACCGACUCGGUUUCUGUGGCCCAGAGCCAAAUUCCGACCCUCAUUGGAUCUGGUGGUAAAGAAAUGGAACGUCUUCGUCAAGAAACAGGUGCUCAAAUUGAUGUUCCUUCAAGAGACUCGAUUGGUCCAUCCGGUCGCGCGGAUAUCACCAUUAAGGGGACCAAGAAGGCUGUCGAAGAGGCUAAGAAGCUGAUACAAGAGCGGGCUAAGGUCUUUGACAACACUGUCUCGCAGACUAUCGAGGUUGACAAGAAACACCAUAGUGCUCUUAUUGGCCGGUCUGGCGGCAACAUCCGCAGCAUAGUCACAGCUGCUGGUGGACCCGACAACGCGCGAGACCUCGCUCGCAUGGUGCGUUUCCCUCGUACCGAGGAUGAUGAGACUACGAUUACAGUGGAGGGUCCCAAGGCUGUUGUCGAGAAGAUUGUGGCCUCCAUUCAAGCUCAGGUUUCGUCUCUAGACAGCCAGACUGUCGAGACCCUCGACAUCUCUCCCGAGAAGCACCGUCUGUUGAUCGGCCGUGGUGGCGAAACACGCCGUAACCUCGAGUCUCAAUUCAAUAUUCAGCUUGACAUCCCCAAGCAGACCGUGACAGGCGCCGCCCGCAGCCAAGUUAAGAUCACCGGCGAAGCCGAUGCCGUCGAGAAAGCUAAGGAGCACAUCCUCGAGCUCGUAAAGUCGCAGGAAGGCGAGACUAUCCACGUCCCCUCGCAUCUACACCACAUCAUCUCCGACAACGGCCAGUUCUUCCGCCGCUUGAAGAACGACCACAAGGUUACCGUCGACCACGCUGGCAAGCAACCGCCAGCUCGCCCUACCCAAAGUGCCGCCGAUGGUGGCAAGGCUCGCAAAGGCGUCAACGGCGCCUCUCUACCUCUCAUCACCGACGACGACACCAGCGCUGGUGCCGAAGAAACCUACUCCUGGGAACUCGUCGAGAAUAACGCGGCCGAUCCCUCCGAUGAUCCAUCUGCCACUAUUCCCUGGAUUCUCCGUGGUCCCGCUGAUAGCCUCCCCAAGGCUCGCCAGAUCCUGGAGUCGGCGAUUGAAGCUGCGUCUAAGCCUUCCGCUACCGGCUACCUCAUCCUCCCCGACCCUCGCGCGUACAGACAGGUCGUAGGCACUAGCGGCAGCACCAUCAACAGUCUCCGGAAGAAGACGGACACGAAGAUCAAUGUGCCGCGAGACCAGGCUCAAGGAGAGGCAAUUGAGAUUACCGGCUCGACCGAGGGAGUCGAGGAGGCGAGAGACCUGAUUCUUGACAUCAUCAAGAGGAGCAGCGGCAAUCGUAGCCGGAGAAAUUGAGGCAGCGCAGAAUGAGGCUCGGUGGAGUGCAGGAUGAGUAGAGAGGGGGUGGAAGGGAUGGAUCUGUGGAGUGAAGCUUUCUCAUUUUCUCAUUUUUGAUCUUUUGCUCCGUCUUAUGCCUUUUAGCCCAAGUCGGUAUGCACUUACUGGGAGGGUCUGAUCUUCUUUCUUGCUCUCUGCAUCGGUGUGUGUGCGCCUCAUUGCCUGAAAAGUAACAUGGGGAUAUGGGGGAUAGAGAGGGGAUGGAGACAAAAUUGUAGAG